AUGUGGGCAAGAUCCAACUCCCUGGCUCAAAAGAGCACGAUAUACAGUGCCAUGCACGGCGGACCCGACCCGUGGCCGGACCACAGCCUUGAAAACUUCUGGCAUAUCCGCAAAAUAUCUUCGCGGCCAUACGCUCUACGGUGGACAAGAUCCCGAGCCAUAAGUCGAAAGGGCAAACACUGCCAUGCAGAGAAGACCAUCUACAAGAAAGUCAUGGCAGAAGCACGCCCGCCCCGUAUUUUUGGUACUUUCUGUUAUGGCUCCGGCCAUACCGUGGGAACCUGCUGGAGAAUGAGCCACCAAGUGGCCUGCCAUGCCUCCGGGCAUACAGUCGAGACUUGUUGGAGAUUCCGCCACCAAGUGGCUUGCUAUGCCUCCGGGCAUACUACUAUUCCUCCGGGCAUACAGUCGAGACGUGUUGGAGAUUCCGCCACCAAGUGGCCUGCCAUUUCUCCGGGCAUACGGUCGAGACGUGUUGGAUAUUCCGCCACCAAGUGGCCUGCCAUUCCUCCGGGCAUACAGUCGAGACUUGUUGGAGAUUCCGCCACCAAGUGGCCUGCCAUUUCUCCGGGCAUACAGUCGAGACUUGUUGGAGAUUCCGCCACCAAGUGGCUUGCCACGCCUCCGGGCAUACUGCCAUGUCUCCGGGCAUACUGCCAUUCCUCCGGGCAUACAGUCGAGACUUGUUGGAGAUUCCGCCACCAAGUGGCCUGCCAUGCCUCCGGGCAUACUGCCAUUCCUCCGGGCAUACAGUCGAGACUUGUUGGAGAUUCCGCCACCAAGUAG